GGGCCACCCGCACUCUGCUUCCGCCGGACUUCCCCUGCCUACUCUACCAGAGUAGGCUCUGCCUCGAGCAGUGCAGCUGCUUCCCAACGACAACGCCACGCCUCCUUCCUUCCCCCCUCGCUCUCCGCUUCUCGCCCCCGGAUCGGGACGCAGCCUCUCGCUCCGCGCCAAACGCACCGCAUCGAAUUGUCCGCGGCCCCGCGCCCAUGGACCGCGCCGACGGGCCGGCGCCGCCACGCCCCGGCGACCGCGCGGUGCAUGACCAGGAUGACACUGCCCAAGGUGCACAGGGGAACAACUCGCGAAGGCCAAACCUUUCUUUGCAAAUACCAACCAGGACCUUGGAUAACCAUAUACCUACUUCAACGAGGAUUAAUAUAUCCGCCAGCCCCAGUUCAACAAGAGCUGGACUGCCACCAAGGCCUAAUUCAGCUAGACCAAAAUCAUCUAUCAAGCAGCAGAGUUUCAGGUUAAGGAAUUCAACACAGGAAGGUGACCGGACAAUCCUUCUACUUCCUGGGACGGCGUCGGAAGGGUCGCAAGAUAAUCCAACUCAACCAGGAUCUUUCUCUUUUAGAAAGGUCAUUAACUCAUUAUCGGCAAAACGUACCUAUUCUUUGCCAGUCACACCUGUUGGAACCUCUGAUAAAGCUUCUCCGGGAAUUCAGAUAGUCGACCACCCAACUACAUCCAAACAAGAAGUUCAAGCACAAAUUAGGCGAUCACUUUCAGUGCCAGGAAAUCGCAAAAACAGGAGUUUGAGGAGAGCAGAUUCAUUGGGUGUCAUCCGUGUGAUUCCAGCAACUCCGCGACCUGUUCCAGCUGAUACAGUUGCACCAACUGAUGUCAUUGAAGAAACAGUUGACGGUUCUGAAGAAGGAGGUGAAGAUAUUCCUGAAGAAGAGGCCGUGUGCAGAAUCUGUUUUGUUGAACUAAACGAAGGCGGGGAAACACUUAAAAUGGAGUGCAGCUGCAAAGGAGAGCUCGCACUCGCGCACCAAGAUUGUGCCGUCAAAUGGUUUAGCAUCAAGGGUAACAAGAUAUGUGAUGUCUGCAGACAAGAAGUUAAGAAUCUGCCUGUGACUCUGUUGAGAAUUCCGACACAGACUGUUACCAGGCGACUAGCAAAUGGUGCUCAGCAAAGAGCAGCUCAACAGUACAGAUUUUGGCAGGACAUUCCAAUUUUAGUGAUGGUUAGCAUGCUUGCCUACUUCUGUUUCUUGGAACAACUUCUGGUUACUGAUUUGCAGUCACGUGCACUGGCAAUCUCAUUGCCUUUCUCAUGUGUGUUGGGCCUCCUUUCUUCCAUGAUAGCAUCUACUAUGGUGACCAAGAGCUACCUAUGGGCCUAUGCAUCCUUCCAGUUUGCUAUCGUGAUCCUGUUUGCUCAUAUCUUUUACAACGUGCUAAGAGUGAAUGCAGUCCUUGCGGUCCUACUGUCAUCAUUCACCGGGUUCGGGAUCGCUAUCAGUACAAACUCACUGCUAGUAGAGUGCAUGAGGUGGAGAUCCAGGAGGAGGAGCCAACUGUUAGCCCAGGCGCACCCUCAGCCCGCGAACGAAGGUCAGCAUCCAGGAUCCGGGAGUAACGCCAUGAGCGAGAACAGCGGUGAUAGGCAGCAACAAGGGCAGCCUCCACAAUCCGGCGUUCACAUCGUCUGAUCAUUCAGAUCGAGACGAGCAGUGAUCCAAAUGUGUGAAUAGCUAGCUUUGAUCUGCGCAGUAGUCAUAGCUUGUCGGACUUCAGAACCAUAAUGGUGGCAAGAAUAGAUACACGGGAGAAGAUCUUCCUGGCCUUUGCAUCGGAGGAGGCAACAUGCCGCCUGAGUUUGGCCAUGGGUAUAGUUAGUCUAGCAGUUUGUGACAUAAAAUACCGGGUUUCUUGAGUGUAAGCAUUAUACAAAAUCACACCAGAAAAGCAGAGUGCAGAGAUGGCUGUUGUGUUUUAGUGGCCACACAGGAAUAUAGGCAAAUGAGACGUAGUAUGCGAGAGCUCCUUAGCUUUGCUUGUGAGAAGCUUUUACGAAUUAUAAUUGUCUCUUUUUUACGAAUUAUAUUUGUCAAGAGUGAUUUUUUUA